AGUUGAAUUUCUUGAAAGAGAAGGAAGAAGAAAACCAGUCAUCGCCAAAUCUUAAGAGUUGAAAACCCAUGAGCACAAAUACAAUUAAUUAUACAAUUCAAACUACUCCCCCUGCCAUUUUUUACAGCUUAAUCUUCUCUCUCCCUCCUUCAAAUUUCAUCUCCUAAAGCAUCAAGACACAGAAAUCCACCCACUGUUUCUCCCAAAGCAUCCCAAAUUGGACGAGAAUCUUUGCUUUCUCUUUGCUUUUCACGAAUCUUCCUUCUCCCCUGACUUUUCCCCUUCCCCUGAGGAAAGGGUAUUGGGUUUCUUCUUCCUGCCUUCGUAGAGAAGAAACGAUCGUCCAGAUCAAACCCACUUUGUCAAUUUCUGUUUUGGUGGUUUUUUUGCUCUGGGGAAAUGGUUCAGAGAACGGCGGCGGGCAAAUAUGGAGUUCAAAGUGAAGGUGUUAAAGGGGAGCGGAGGGUUGCGAGCUUUAAACCCACUUCUUCUUCUUCUCAGAACACGGAUGGCAAAAACAGAGCAGCUGAUUUGAAGAAGAAGAUGAAGAAAUCACGAGCCAUCCAGCUUUCGGAUUUUGAGAGCUUCACUUCGUCGCAGACUAGGAAGAACGUAACUCUGCCUGGUAAACCACCGCCUUCUUCUAAUGUUUCAGAAAUCAAACAGAAGCAGUCGCAGCAGAACCAGGCAUCUGUGGUCAGAACCAGCGAUGGCUCGCCCAAUUACAUGAAAUCGACGAGCUGUUUCGAUGCAAGGAAAGAGGUUUCGCAGGUCAGUGCUCGAAAUUCUCGAAUUAGUUAUGAUAAUAAGAAACCCAGGAGAAGAAAUUUAGAGAACUCAGCUCAUGGGUCUGUCUCUGGCCUUAAGCCUACCAAGUGCUUGACGAAAUGCUCCAGUAAGAAAUUGGUUAGGACUUUGACGAAAACGCCAAGUUUUAAAAAGUCUUCGAGGGUGGCUCUGUGUGCUGACAUGAACUCUAACAGAGCUACCUGUUCUUCCACUCUCAAGGACUCUAAAUUUCCAGCAUACCUCAUGCUGAGUCCUGGGGCUACUGAGUCUGAAGGAACUUCAGCCAUGAAGGUUUGUCCUUACAGUUAUUGCUCGCUUAAUGGCCAUAGACAUGCUCCUCUGCCUCCAUUGAAGUGUUUCUUGUCGGCAAGAAGACGUUUGUUGAAGACCCAGAAGAAUCUAAAAGUAGAGCCAUCUGGUUGCGGAGUCAAAGAGGUUGAUGCUGGUGGGAAAGUAGUGGAUGAAGAAAUGGCCACAGAGGUUUUGAUAACCGAUGGUGGGUUGGAUUUUUUCAUUGAAAUUUAUGCUGAAAAUAUGGCUGAUGGUGCUGGAUCAAUUGAUCAAGAAAGGGUAGCGGAUGGCGAUUGCACUUGUGUUACUUCUUUUACGGUGAACAAUGAGGUGGAAUCAAGUAAUGAAGAGGACGACAAACUAGUUUCAGAGAAGAUCUCUGAUGUAUCCAUGGUCUCCGAGCUUUGUUUGAGUGAAGAAGUAACUGGAGGUAUGUUCGGCCAUGGGAAUGAGUACGAGGACGAUGCUGGUUCGACAGAUACUGAGAUGGAAGAGUGGGAAGAGCGGCAGUUUUUGAGCAUGGAAGGCGAUGAUUUGGAUGGGCUUGAAGAUCAAUUGAAUGCCGAAACGGUGUGUUUAUCAGAUGAGACUCGAUUGCAGGAUGGAGAACUCGUUGGAUAUGGUCAGGUUGUCAAAGAUUGUAAAGGGGUGUUUUCCAAAACAGAGAAAGAAUUCUAUGAAGGAAGUGGAGACUUUGAAGAACAGUUCUAUACUGAGGAUUCUGAGUUGAAUCGCCAUCCGGAUUGGGAAGUGGAAGAGGCUAGUCAAGUGUCUGAGAGCUUAAGUUAUGAUCAACUUUCUUAUUCAGAGGAUGCAUUUGAUGAGAUGGGUGCUACACAAACUAUGGUUGAGAGAGCCGAGAUAGAAUAUUUGGAGCUGAUUCUGAAUUCUGAACUGGAAUCUGAAGUUAUAGAAACUGACUGUGUAACUCGGGCAACAGAGGAAGCUUCAAAUAAGGUACAGGAAAAUCAAGAUCUUCAAGUUGAUGGUACCAGCCCAAACGAGUCAACAGGCAGCGGAGAUUGUGUCGAAACCAAUGAAGGAUACUGCAGGAUGGAGGAAGAAGUUUUCCUGUUCGAUUGCCAACUCCCCGACCAUGAUCUUGUAUUGCAAGAGGAAAUACUCGAUGCCGAUAUCGAUAAUCAAAUGGAAAAGGAAGAACAACUUGAUGAUGCAAACCAUGGAGCAGAGGUUUCUGAGGAUGAAAUUUCUGGUCAAGAAAAUGCUAAUAUAUGCCUAGAAGAUUACUUGUCUCAUGGACAAUGCCAAGAUAUCUCUGCUAAUGGAAACAGAAAUUCUGUUGCUGAACAAGAUGAAAUUGAGUCUUCCACAGUCAUGGAAAUGACGGGUAUCGAGGGGCCGAGUGAUUUGAAGACAGAUAAAACCUGUUUGAACGAUAAUAGCAUUGCACAGGUCGACAUUAUGGAUGGAAAAGAUAGAGCAGAUUCAUCACUAAAAGCACCAAAAAGAUCAUCCCGUACCGCAAUUGAUUCCGGUCUAGAACUGGAUCUCUCUAUCAAGAAGUGGGAAGGCAAUACGAAAUGCAGGAGGCUUGGAGAUGAAUUAGAAGAUCCAAGGAACUUCAAUCCACGAGAACCGAAUUACUUGCCGUUGGUGCCAGACCCGGAAGCAGAAAAGGUGGAUCUCAAGCAUCAGCUGAUGGAUGACAGGAAAAAUACAGAAGAAUGGAUGCUUGAUUAUGCACUCCAACGAACCGUCACAAAACUCGCACCAGCCAAAAAGAAGAAGGUGGCGCUUCUUGUCGAGGCUUUUGAAUCAGUCAUGCCAACCUCCAAAUGCGAAAUCCAUCUCCGGAAUAAUACUUCAGGAGCUUUUACUCCAGCAAAACACAUUCAAGCUUGUUUCUAAUGGUAGUAGCAGAGGUAAACCUCCAAACACCAUCUUGCCAAGUUCAUUUAUUUCAUAACUUGUUUGACCACUUAAAUUAAAGAAUUCAAAAAGGAAAAAUUGUCAUUCUAGAAGAAAGUUUGUAGCAGAAGAUCAACAGCAGCAACUUGCUUGUGUGUUUAGGAUGUUAGAGAAGCAAGAUUAACUAAUUUCGAGGUCUAAUAGAAGUGUGAAAAAUACUAGCUGAAGUAUCAUCGGCGAUACGUAAGACGAAGAAUGAGUGGCAGGAAGUUCAUCUUGGCUUCCACACAUCCCUGUUGGUGAACUGCAAGUUUGAGAGUCUGUCAUUCUGUGUGUUCAAAGGGCAUGAGAGAGAGAGAGAGAGUUCAGUAAUGUGUGAUGUCUGUAAUUACAGUGUAAGCUAUGAUGUCAGUUUCUUCAAAGGAUGUAAUUUAUGUACGCUUGUAAUGAAGGUGUAUUAUCAAAACCUUCAAACUCUACUAAUCUCAUGACCUUUUUUUUUGUCUCU